CAUCAAACAAAAGAUCACACCAAAAAAUCAGGGUCCAAUUAAAAACAUCCGGCUCAUCCUAACGGCUCUCACUUUGCCGGCUCGCCCAAACGGCUCUCAUUUUACCGGCUCGUCCAAACGGCUCUCAUUUUGCCGGCUCGCCUUCUCUCGGCGACUCGCUCCUUGCCAUCACUCCUGGUCUCGCACGAUCGCACCUUGUCGGCUCACCGCCACGACGCCGCUGCCCCUAGCCUCCUAGACAAUGAAAAAAUUCAGCCUGAGAUUUGAACACCCAAAACAUAUGGGCUAGAUCUCCCACUGGGUGAAAGGCGAUGAUGAGACAUUCAAAGCUUUCGUCUAGCAACAAUAAUAGAAUCAGUUGGAGACCAACUCUUCUUCAUCUGCUCCUUGCAGCGGCCAUUUUCUCCAUCCUUGUCUUCAUCAUUCAGUCCUCUAUCUUCACAGGUCAGCACAGGGCUAAUACCAUCAACCCAGAGGAUAUUCGGAUCUUAUCUGAUUUCCAGUCCAACCUUCAGCAAUGCGUGGCGAAUCGAGGUCUGGGGCUUACAGCUCAAAUUAUCGAUCAUUGUAAUAUAAUUCUCAAAUUCCCUGAAGGAACUAACAGCACUUGGUACAAUGAGCAAUUCAAGAUAUUUGAACCACUAGAGUACAAAUAUGAUGUUUGCGAAGCUCUUCUGCUAUGGGAACAGUAUCGCAACAUGACCACAGUGUUGACAAGAGAAUAUCUUGAUGCAAGGCCUGAUGGCUGGUUAGACUAUGCAGCAAAAAGGAUAGCACAAUUGGGGGCUGACAAAUGCUACAACCGGACUCUUUGCGAGGAACAUCUCAAUUUACUUUUACCUGCACAACCACCCUUUCACCCCAGGCAGUUUCGGACAUGUGCUGUUGUUGGGAAUUCGGGUGACCUCUUGAAAACAGAGUUUGGUCCAGAAAUUGAUAGUCAUGAUGCCGUUAUAAGAGACAAUGAGGCUCCUGUUAAUGAGAAAUAUGCCAAACAUGUUGGUCUGAAGCGGGAUUUUCGGUUGGUUGUGAGAGGUGCUGCUCGUAACAUGAUUACCAUUCUUAAUGGGUCAGAUGAUGAAGUGCUUAUAAUCAAAAGUGUUACACACAGAGACUUCAAUGCAAUGAUAAAGCAAAUACCAAAUCCAGUUUACCUCUUUCAAGGAAUUGUCUUGCGCAGAGGUGCAAAAGGAACUGGAAUGAAGUCAAUAGAACUAGCGCUUUCCAUGUGUGACAUUGUUGACAUGUAUGGUUUCACAGUUGAUCCUGGGUAUACAGAAUGGACUCGGUAUUUCUCUACACCAAGGAAAGGGCACAAUCCACUUCAAGGGAGGGCAUACUACCAACUGUUGGAAUGUCUUGGUGUUAUACGGAUUCACUCUCCCAUGAGAGCACAAAGGAAACAAGACUGGUCCGAUGUUCCUAGUAGGGUCACAAUAAACCGUGCUCAUAAAGCCGCUCUACGGUUGAAAAAAAGUGCAGAUGGUAAAGUGGGACAGUUUGUGAACUGUAAGGUAUGGGGCAACGCAGGUCCAUAUGGGAGCGGACAGGUUUCGGGAUCUUCUGAUAUGACGGAUGUGAGGAAGAAUUCAAAAUACAGUAAAUGGGAAGUUUUGCCUUUCAAGAAACUGAGGGAAGAGGCAAGGAGUCAUUUUUCCCAGAUGGAACGUGUGUCUAUGUACAAAAUGGAUGGUAACAAAUUGGAUGAUCUAGUUUGCGUAAGGCAUGCCCAGGAAUCUGACCAGAAGGGUGGAAGAUGAUGAUGACAUGGUAAUGGUUGGCCACAUCAGAAACUGUCAAGUUAGUUUUCCCUAGCAGGAUGAACAGAUAACGCAGAUCACUUCAAUUUUUACCUACUAAACAGAAUGAGUUUUCUACAUUCCUUCGGGCCAGGAGAUUCCACCUUCUGGAACAUCUAGGGCCCGUUGGUGAUCAUAUUUUUUGUCUUAUCAACGUUAUCACUCAUUUUUUCACUACACAUGUAACUUUUUAUUUCGCGCGAUGUAUUGUAUAAUAAUCAAAUAAGCAAGGUUGUAGUUAUUUUCUGGCUAUUUUUCUAUUUACGUAGUAACUUUUUAAUUUCUUAUUUUUUGUUAUUUAUAAUUCUAUAGAUUCAACUAGUUCUUCA